GCCACAACAACUACAACUACCGUUACUAAAAAUUUUAUUUCUUGUUUUUGGAUUUGGUUUGGCUUCAGUUUUUCACAAUUUUAUACAUAAAUUUAGCUAUUUUAUAUUAUUUUAAAGUUUUUUAAGUGUUCAAUAAACAAGUUAAAUUAAAACACCAUGACUUCCAAAAAAUUUAAUAACUCCAAUGAAAAAUCCGAACUAAAAACCUUUAUGGCCAACAUGCGUUCAGGAAGUCUCGUCAAACUAAUCGAAUCGAAACAAAUACAAUUCGAAGAAAAAUCGAAUUACAUUACUAAAAAGCUUAAAAAGUUUGAAGAAGAAAUGGAAACAAAAAUGUCAAUUUUACAACAAAAUUCUCUUUUAAUUGAAAAAUUUCAAAAUAAUCUACAAGAACUUUCUGAUCAAAAUACUCAAUUACUUGAACAACAACAUAUACUUAAGGAAGAAAAUGAAAAUUUACAUGCUCAAUUAAAAUGUUCAGAAGAUAAAUUUGCCCAAUUGGAUAUUGUAUAUGAUCAGAAAAUAACUGAUUUAUCUGAAAGAAAUAACGAAUUAACUCAGCAACUGACUGAAAUAGAGAAUUCGGAAAGACAACGCUUUGAUCAGUUUGACCAGACUCAAACGGAUUUAAACGCAAUGCUUACAAAUGCCGAGCAACGAAUCGUCGAUCUUACAAACGAAUUAAAUGAUUUGAAAGUACAAAAGAAGACCGAAACUGAUGAAUUCAAUGACGAGUUAUCUGAGUUGAGAGAUGUUUUGAAUCAAAAGACAAUCGACUACGAGGAAAGAAUUCAGGAUUUGCAAACUAGGCUUUCAGCGGCAUUAGAUGCAAACAAAGAAAUAAAUGAACUUAAGGCUGAAUUGGAAGAUAUGAAAGAAGAAAGGAAGGAUGAUCAAAAGGCAUUCAAUGUGGAAAAAUCUCGUUUACUUCGUGGGAAUGAAGAUUUAAAAGUGACAGUUGAAGAUGUAAAAAGUAGAUUGGUCGUAAAAGAUAAAAUUAUUGAUGAUUUGAAGAGAAAAUUAUUAACAAAAGAAAAGGAAGGCGAAGAACUUUAUUUAAAAUUUAAACAAAUUACUCGCACUACCAAACGCACAAGUGGCUCACUAAAUGCAUCAGGCUUGACUCAAUUGCGUAAGUAUUCAAACGGGAAAAACCCAAGCCCUGAUGAUCCGAAACCACUUGAAGAUUCAUCCGAUUCAGACUCAAGUGUUUCAUGUUAUCGUCCUCAAAAACGUCGACUUGAAACAAACGGGGAUGAUUUGUUUGAUAAUUUAAAAGAUGAACAAGAACAUCAAUUCAGAGUUCCUACAUUCGGCUUUGGAUUUAAGAAAGCGAAACCAUUGGAUAUUGAAAUACCAGAAUCUCCAAUUGUUAGUUCGUCAGCUUUUGGAAAUAAUGACAAGAAAUAGAAUAGUUGUAUAUAUUUACUGCUUAGUUUUAGUUUUUAGACUAUAUAGUAUUUAUAAAAAGUGAAGUCUUAUUGUUGUUAUAUUUUUUUUGUUUUCUUUUUACUUUUUUUUUAAAUUUAAAUGUGUACUAAACAUUUAUUUAAAAU